AUGGCAGAGAAGGUGGAGAGGAAUGCUGUUUUGCCCAGCUUGAAAAAGCUUGGGGUGUACCGAGCUUUUGACUGCAGAACUAGAGGACAAUUCAAUGCAUUUUCUUACCACUUCCGAGGAAGGCGCUCUCUUGAUUAUAGUUUUCAGGAAGAUAAGCCUUCAAAGCACCUGAAAAUACCAAGAGCAUCAAGUUUUACAAGAGGGAAUGCAUUCUUUAACAGCACCAUUUCAUCCUUUGAUGAGCACAAGAAAGCCCCCAUAAUGAAUGAUUUCAAAGAAUUUGUUGGAGAUAUGCAAAAAACAAUUACAGACCUCAGAAAACAGAUAAAGAAACUUGAGUCACGGCUCAGUAGAACUGAAUGCACUGACGAAAAUGGCAAAUCUUACUCCAGUAAUGACACUUGGAAAAAAGACCCCUGCACUACAUGUGAAUGCAAGGUUGGUCAGGUAACCUGUUACGUGGAGUCGUGUCCACCGCAUGAUUGUGCUACACCUGUGAAGCUCAAGGGCGUUUGCUGUCCUGUCUGCUUAAAACAAACUGUUAGCAAGGGAAAUGCACCCUAAGUCUGCUUUUCAGUUGUCACAUAUCAAGUCAUAUUGAUAUCUGCUGAUGGCAAAUACAGGUAACAGUAGGCUUUAAACCACAAUAGAGAAUCAAGAUGUAAAAGGAGGAUAGCAUUCAGAUGAUGGGGUAACAGUGUAAGAAAAUAUAUUUUACUUCCUUACCCAGUGAAAAACCACAAGGUGAAAAGUAUUGAAAGGGAAUACACAGUGUUGGUCAAGAUAAUUUUAUGUUGAAACUUCUCAGGUUCAAGAAACUAAAAACUGGUGCUAUUUUUUUUUAAAAAAAGCAUUUGUUUAGUGAUUUUAGGCUCCCAGGUUAAUUUUUAUUUCUUUGUACACUGGUAGGAAGUCAGGUGCCAUUGGAGGAAACAAGGUCCACAUAACAUAAAGCCUGGGUUUACUUAUUGUAUAAUGUGGUUCUGUAAACAGUGGCUUAGUGCAAGGUGUACUUACAGCCAUUAUAGCUUAAUCAAUGCACCAUGGUAAAAUCAUGGCUUAGUGCAAUAUAUGAACACAGACAUUGCCUGGAUUCAUAUAUCAUUCCAAUCAUACUUGACCAUGUCUUACUGAAUAAACCAUAAUUGGCUGGGUUCAGACAAUGUUAGGUCUGCCAUGUUUGGUCUACAAAAACUCUGGAAUACCACUAGGUGGCAGCAAAGGAUGUAUGGAAAACUAAUGUCUGGACUUUUGGACUCCAGAUCUGUGGCACUAAACAAUAUACUAAGCUAUAAACAAGGUUUUAAAGACCCCAAUGGCUCGUUUCACACAAUUCAAUAACCAAAACUAAACAAAGCAAAGCAAAUGUUUUAGUAUGAUGCAACCACUAACUCAGUAUCUUUCUGAAAAAUACUAAUAUUUGACUAGCUUCUGAGACUAGUACUGACUUAGAAAGCUAAUCAUGCCAGAAUGUCACUACCACAGUAAUGCAACCAUACUUUAUCUUGCAGUAUUAAUUCUAAUCAAGGGCGAGAAUGAAAAAACUUAAUUUGGGCAUCUGUUUUUCACACUCCUCUAGUGUUAAAUCUUUCCCUAUCCAGUGCCUGCAACUUCUGGUGUAAUACAAUGUUUCCCAAGCUUGCAAAUUUCCAUAUUUAUGGACUUCAGUGCCCGGAAUUCUUCAGUCAGCUUACCAUUUGCUGAACAUUCCUGGAGUUGAGGUCCAGACCUAUGGAAAACCCUGAUAAAAUACUCAUAAGUUUGUUUUACCUCAAACUUCUAACUCCCCACCAUGCCUUACUAGAGGAAUGGAUGUGAUGUAAGCAUAAUUGUAAUUUAAUUCACAAACCUAUGUACGCAUGAGAAAAAAAGACACUGUUGGAAAAUAGGAUUCAUACCACAUUCUCACACUGUUAGCCUUUUGAAAAUAUGUAUUUCUUGGUUUAAAGGGCAAUUGCUCAGCUGCUUUACAUUUUUCACCUUUGUUACUGAUCUCCCUGCUUUUUGUGAUUUCCGUCUCAAUUGAGAUGUUUAGGUUGUCCAUACUUCCAUUUCCUAUCUAAUGAAGUCAUGUUUCUUAUGUAUAACACUGCAAACUUGCUGAAAUGGUCCAAGAAAACUGUGCCACAUCAGAGCUUAAUUUAAAGAUGAAGUAAUCCUAGAAUUCAAGUCUGCUGGGAACCCUAAUUCCUAUGGUGUGGAUAUUUUCUAUAUUCAUUCAGUGAUAAUAUUUGACCCUGCCCAGGGCCAUUAUUAUCUGAUUUCCACCAUAUCUUCCACGGUUGAGCCUUGCUAGUGAAAAAGGAUAUGAGGAUCGAUCCUUGGUGACUCCUGUCAUAAAUUAAUUCUGGCUCUCAUAAAUAUUUAGCACCUGCUGUUUUAGACAUCCAUUUUUCAUUAUUCACUUAUUAACAAGCAUAUAUGCACUCAUAUUUUCCUAUUUUAUGUCUUAGUAAUACCAAAUGCCAAAUAAUCCAUGUUUGUGCUGAGAAACCAUUAUGAAAGAUUCCUUUAUCACAAUUAAACUGUGAUAUAAACCAUAUGUACAGAAUGGUGGCUGAGGGGGUAAGAGGCUUUAUACCUUUCUGGAAAAUAUGUAGUAAUAGAGAAAUUAAUCAAACAGUUACUAAAACAAUAGAUGAGUUAUAAACCUUCUGAGGAAUAUUAUGUUUGCAUAUGCCACAAUAAUUUUUGAAAUUUAUUAUCUGUUCUAGUACCCUUCUGACAUGUAAUAUAUUUUAACUGCUGAGUGCAGACAUGUUCACUACUUGCAUUUUGACCUUCCAGAUUCUGUUUUUCCUAAUAGAUUAGGGCUACCAGAUCAACAUUUCUUUGCUGCCAUCUAGUGGUUGUCUGGAGUUUGGCAUCCCAGAUCUGG